CAGUUUCGAGCAUCCACAGAUGGGGUUCAUCGAAUUCUUAUUCUCUUACGUCGUUGAUCCACCCAAAAAGCAUUCACGUCUGAUCACAAAACUUGGCAUAUCCCAGUUUCGUUUCUUUCAUCAUCGAUCUCUUCCCUGUGGUUUUCGUUAUUCUUGGGAAGAAAAUUGAAGAAAAAGAAAGAAGGAUUAUGAGAAAGCAGAGCAGCUGCUCCUCAUCCUCCUCCUCCUCCGUCUCCGCUUCACCUCUGGUCCGGCUAUUCCUGCUUCUCGCUCUGAUUUUUAUAAUUAAGGAUUAUGGCAUUGUUAGAGUUGCAGAAGGAGGGAAGAGAAGGGUUCAUAUCCCGGACGAUCUGGAAGACGUGAUCGAUGACGGAGAAGAUGAGGAAUGGAAGCGAUGGGGUGAAAAAUCAACACCUUCGCAAGAUUUCGAAUUCGAUCCACCUCCGCCCAUGGAUUUCACCAAGAUGGAUACGUCGCAGAUUCAAGACGAAAUGAUGAAUCGCCAUUCCGGUCCCUCCUUUGGCUUCGUCAAGCUCCGAUUAGGUGUCCGACGUUCACCGGAUAUGGUCACGGAGAUCGCUAUGAAAUGGACUAAGGUUCUCAAAACCGGAUCCAUCGAGGCCAAUUUCAAGGCUGUCGAUACCAACACCAUCAUGUUCACCAUGCAAAGGGGGAAAGACACAACAGAGUUGAAAGAAUUUGUACUGAAUCAACCAGAGGCAUACGAGAUGAAGAUAGGUGAUCAUGUCGUUCGAAGGCCUGGAGAUCCACCUUUAGAAGAAGUUAUCGAGAAGCUACGUAUUGAGAAGAAUGAAGCCCAGGACCAUAGUUCUACAGAGUCGUCAGAACUACUGAAACGUGACGAGCUUUAAUGCUUUUGAUAAAUAGAAUUAAAAUUUUCUAAUUCAGUGAAUUUGAUUUGAUUUUUAUUUGUCUGGUUGAUUCCAUUCGCUAGUUUAUAUAUCAUAAACUUCAUGAGAUUCAAAAGAACAAGAAAGACACCCUUUAUUCUAAAAGGACUCUGAGAUGUAAAACACACAUUAUUUUAGUAGGGUCAGAGAGAUGUACGUGUAACUGCAACACUUUAUUUUAUAAUUUGAGGUUUUGCUUGGUUUGUAUUCGCUGAAUA